AUGCUCGUCGAGAGUCUCGCGUACCCUCACUACUUCCCUAAUGAGACUCUGCGCCGCUCUGUAGACCAGGAAAGCAUGGCACGGGUCCUCAGUAAAGCAACUGGUGGGCCCGACGGUUAUGGAUACAAAGAUGGCAUGACCUAUGUACCGCGCACAUGGAUCAACACUUACGAAUGGAUGCACGCUUAUGAAGGCGAAAGGGGGAAUCUGCUCGUACAUUUCCCUGGUCUGGAAGAACAUCGAUGGUCGCAUAUGUCUAAGUGGCUGGACAUUGUCGAAACGACGCCGAAAAAGUUGGAGGUUCCAUUGGAGGAAGCCGAGUAUUUUAACCAGACGACGGCAUUCCGGACGAGGCUUCGAACGGCGAGGGAGACCAUUACAUUGACGGAGAAAAAGGUUGGUUUGAUGCCAAAUGGGACUAUAGGUGAGAAGGAGGAGAUUAAGAAGACAGAGAUGGCAAUUUGUGAGUUGAAGAGGGUGUUGCGAGAGGAGGCGGACAAUGUUGAGGCGGCCCAACAACGCCUGCAGGAGUUGAACGCCAUCAAGGAAUCAAUUUCAAUUUGA